AUGGGAGGCCAUGUGGCAAAACGAAGAGAAAAAUGGCGAAUCGAAACCAAAGUUCGAUUGCAAUCGAACCGGUACGUUUUGUUUUUAGAGUCAAACGAUGAUGUACUUAUUAACCGUCUCUCUCUCUUUCUCUCUCUCUUCUCUCUCUCCGCGAACACAACGACAACAACAGAACCGGCGUUGGUCCAUUUCUUGGCGAAGAAUACAACGUUCGUUCCAGAGUUGCAGAAAACGAAAAGCGCGAGAGUGCUCGUCCCUGGAUGUGGCCGAGGCUACGCGUUGGAAACGUUCAGUUCGAUUUUUUUUGAUUCUGAAAAUAUCGUCGGUUUGGAAGUGUCCGAGACCGCUCGAAACGCGUGCGAAGCGUACCAAAGCGAGAAUAAAUCGAAAGCGAAGUGCGUCGUGGAGGACUUCUUUACGCACGACGAUAAGUACGACGUUAUUUACGAUUGCACGUUCUUAUGCGCGAUACAACCUACGCAGAGACACGUGUGGGCUGAACAGAUGCGAAAUCUCACCAAGAAAGGUUCUCGCGUGAUUUCCUUGGUCUUUCCCUUGGGUGAUUUCAAAGGCGGUCCGCCUUUCGCGCUUUCCCCCGAGUUGGUCAAAUCUCUCCUCCAAAACGAUUUCGACGUCGAGGAGUUGAUUCAAGUUCCCGAAGACAUGUGGGCGAGAGGAAGACCCGAAUAUUUAUACGUCUUCAUUCGCAAAUGA